GUCGUCUCUUAUCAGGCUAUGAUCGAUUAACUCCAUCUGCUACUUAAGUACAGUGCAUCAACAUGUUUCGGAUUGUCACUUCACCCUUGAUACUGCGUCCUUUGGCGCUGAAGUCGGUCAACACUUCUUGCGCUAUAUGGACAUCGCAAAUAAAGCCACACAAAAUCACGUCUUGUGUCCCAACUAUACUAACAUCCACAAUCAGGUUAUCCAGCGGACCGACCAAAUCAUCAUCUGCCGCAGAGGGCGAGAUCGAUUCAGCUGACGUUGAAAGCAGUCCCACCGUGGAUAAACAGUCCCAGCCGAGUUUACGAAAGAACUACCAGGGGAAGUUGUACGCACCGGUAGACUUGUCUACAAGUUUGGAUUACAUGAAUUCCGAAGGUACAUGGCGGCGUCGUUUUUAUCUGUGCAUCAUUCUCCUUUUUUUAGUUUAUCUAAAUACUUACUGGGGAAAACCGGUUUGGUUCUACUAUCGUCGUAACCACAAAGGCCAUUUUCCACCGCCCAGGACUCGUCGGAACUGCGUUAAUGAUCGAUUUCCUGGUAGAUUGAACGAACAUGAAAAAUAUUCAUGCACUUUGUACAUUCCAGGUUUGUGUGAACAUCAACACAAAAAACUGCUACUGGAAGUCGCAAAGGCUCAGGAUUUGGGUACCAUUGAAACAUGGCUUCCGUUCCACCUCUACGACUAUUCCGAGUACUAUUCAUACUUGCCCGAAGAACAACUUAAGGAAUUACUGCGGGUCAGUGGGUGCGCGCCGCAGAACAUUAUGGACGAUCGUGGCUCCCUGGAUGUAACGCAUGCCUCAUCAGCUGACUUGGCGGAACUACCAGCCAAUUUGCAGAACCUCUUGGGCAGCAUCGACCUCAUCCCCAGAGCCAGUUUGGGGCAGCCUCCUCCACCGGAAACGAAAAUUGUACCUCCCCGGAUUCCUAAUCGAUACAAAAUGGAGGAAGAUCACAAGGCACUGGUUGCGAAACGUAGAAAGUCACUCCCUCCCCCAUCCACCUUUAUUCUUUUCUUUACAAUAAGGCUUUUAAAUAAGUCAUGGUUGUACGGCAGUGAAGCAUCGGUAUUGAACACUGAUGCCAUGCUGUCGAUGAUGAUGAUGACAUUGGAUGACCGCGUUUAUAUUAUGAAGCUCUUAAAACGUAUGCUGAUAAGUUCGGGUAUUUGUAUAGAACUGGGGGUAGGAUUCACUCGUUCAACAGUUUGUGCCCCCCCCCCCCAUCUAAUCUCGUUUGAUUUAUUUUCAGCUUUCACUAACCGGUCGACCCUUACGGGUCUCUCCUUGUUUGAACCAUGGUCGGAUGCUAUGUCCUUAUUUCCGUCCCUCAUCUACUCCACAAGGACAUCGGUGAACGUCGGCCAUGGUCCAUUGUGCUUCGUCGCUCCACAGACUAGAUUACGUGUUGUUGACAAUAGCGCAUGGAGCAACAUCGCGCCAGCCAUCGGGGAUGCGAAGAAGCGACAACCAAAUGUUAAGACAGACUCCCGAUCUGGCACAUCUCAAUCUGGCGGGGAUGUUCAGAGCAUGCUCAUGUCGUUGAACAAAUCGCUUUCUUCGAAACCGGCUCUCUGCAUCCGUGUGUACACCCACAACAAUAAAGGGAAAAUAGGUGACAAGGUUUUGGUUGCUGUUGGAGGGCAGAAAAAGAAAGGCUGGAUUGUCGGUACUCGUCAGCAGUCCAGAGAUGGAUGGCCACGUUUCGAGUCCAAUAACAUUGUUCUGGUGGAUGAUGAAGGCAAUCCGCUUGGCACACGAAUCCUGGUUCCCGUUCCGGCAAAACUGCGCAGUUUGUCCGGUGAUAUUAGCAAGAUUUUGUCGAUUGCGACUACGUUUGUAUGAAGCAACAGGUCAAUUAUUGAA